GCUUUCUCCUUGUCCACCUGGAAAUCCCUCCAUGGUAUAUCUCCAGGGGUCUCUCUAGAUGUUCCUCAUGUCAAACAGCUUCUCCAGGACCUGGGGGUAUCACAUCUCUUGCUGGAUGAUAAUCAGAGAUGUGACUGGACCAAACCUCCAUACAGUACUGCCAGCAGUAAAGGAUGGGCAGAUGAUUGUGACAGGACAACAGAGAACCUUCCUUCCCUUGGUCCCAACAUACGAUGUGCUGUUUCUGCUUCCUGUGCUGACAUUAAAUGCUGUAUGCAUUCUGAUAUUCUGGGGGAGAACUUAGAGGCUUCUGUCAAUAUAGAUGCAUGUGAUGGCAAGGUCUCAGUAGGGUUAGAAAAGUACCAUUGGACUGAUAAACUGCUGGGGUACAAGUUUGGAGAAGUUAAACAUGUUUCUUUGAUGGGAAUGGUCAACUUAGAUUACAUUAUAACAGACCUGGAAACAUUCUUUGGGGUAACUCUGAACCUAAGUAUAUGUUUUGAAUCCCAUAAAGCCUGUGAGAAAGUUUUUCAGGUCUUUAACGAACACAAACUCCAUAAACCUUUUUGCAACUGGACUAGAGGCUUUGUUAUUAGUG